AUGGAACAGCUCCAGCUGCUGCGUGUGUUUCUGCUGUGCCUGCUAACCCUCCAUCAGUGUGUGGCUAUACCUCUGGGCAGCCAGUGUGUGGAUGAAUCCUUGUGUACAUACAGCCUGCAGGACUAUCACAGCCAGCUGGUCAACCUGCCCAACCGCAUCAACGAGCGCAGCAUCGCCACCUGGAGCUACGUGGAGAACAUCGACUUAAACCGUGUUCCUCAGGUCAUCCAUGAGGCCAGCUGCCACACCAGCCACUCCUGCAUAGGGCUGGACACAGCUUUUAGUCUAGAGACCAUCCCCGUAUCCUUGAGGAUGCCUGUCCUCAAGAAGAACCCCAGCUGCUUCCCCACGGCCAGCUACUCUCUGGAGUUCGAGCUCAUCACCAUAGCUUGUAUAUGUGCUAUCUCCAGACACAGCUGA